GGUGGCAGCGCUCGUUGCCCAGGCGGCUGAGCUCGGAGUCGAUGGCGGCUGGGGCCUGGGAGCCGCUUGAGGCGGACGUUGUGGAUUUCAAAAUACCGACCGAAAAUAAUAAAACCCUGUUUGUUUGUAAUAUUCUCCCCAGAGAAUCCGAGGCAGAAAUUUAUGAUUGUAUUUUCAACGUUUUUUCCGAGUUUGGACUACUCUAUUCUGUGAGGGUAUGCAGGAAUGCUGCUCUAGUUGAACCAGGUUAUUACGCCAUUGUCAAAUUUUAUUCAGCUUUGAAUGCUAGCAAAGCCCAGAAUGCUGCAAAUAAGCAGUGUUUAUUCCAAAGGAUUCCUUUGAAGGUUCAAACGUGCACGAAGUCUAUGAAAGUACGCCAAGAGAAUCAACAUCCUUUAAACAGCAUCAAAUGCCAGGAAUUGGCUAAUUACUACCUUGGUUUUAAUGGAUGGUGUAGUCGCAUAAUUGCACUCCAGAAUAUUUCUGAUGCAGGUGGAAGUGAAGAAAAUACACAGGAACUAGUACAGCUGGAGAGAAAGAGCAUAAAAUAUAUUUGCAUUAUGGAAGUUAAAUUCAUAAAUUACGGCAUGUGUUGCAGAGGUAUUGGGGUUUCUGAAGAAUUUGACCAAGAUACAACAGAUCCACUGAAUUUUGCCUUGAAACUUGGAAGAGCUCAAAAGGCUGCAACACAGAAAGCUUUAUCGGAUGCAUUCCAGAAGAUCCUUCUUGUCGUCCUGGGGAAUGGGAAGGUAUCUCUGCAAUGGAGUUCUGAACAGGAUGAAACUGAUUGUUUCACAGAGGAGGAACUUCAAACACAACUGCAGGUAAAUGACAUUUCAUGGAGUCAGUUUGAACAUGAGGGACAAGAAGAAAUUCUUUCUGAUCUCAGUUUUAAUACAGAGACUGUAGAAGGAAUUGAAACGUGAAGAAACCAAAGCCCCUAAGUACUUCUGAGGUCAUUGGAGGACAAGUGCAUUCUAGUGAUACUCUGGAAUCAACAUUGUGUUAAUUUUGUGUAAAUAGUGAUCUAAAAUAGAAAAAUGCUUUUGAAAAAUUGGAAA